UGCAAUAUUGGCCGUUCUGAGCUUCAGAUUUGUACAAUUGGAAAACCCAUAACCCGCCUUUUUCUCAAGAUCCACAAACUUUGACAGGAUUAAUUGAAUCUAUUCUUUUGACUCAUCAACCGACCUGGGACGACUGCCAGCAGCUCCUGCAGGCUCUCCUGACCACGGAGGAGAGACAGCGAGUUUUCACGGAAGCUCGGAAAAAUGUUCCAGGGGACAAUGGCCAACCUACCCAACUGCCGAACGAGAUUGAUGCAGCAUUCCCGUUGACCAGACCGGAUUGGGAUUUUAGUACACCAGUCGGUAGGGAACGACUUCGUCUCUAUCGCCAGAUUCUCCUGACAGGUCUCAGAGGGGCUGGGAGACGCCCCACCAAUUUGGCUAAGAAUGUGGAUGACUUACUCCUGGCAGCGGAAACCGAAGAGGACUGUAAACAGGGCAUGGAAUCCCUGCUCCAGAAGCUAGGCGAGCUGGGAUAUCGCGCCUCUGCCAAAAAGGCCCAAAUAUGUGCCCAACAGGUGCUAGCUGAAGUCUAUGGGGCCCGUGAGGACUUGACAGAUCAGCCCCUGUCAGACGCGGAGUACACCUGGUACACAGAUGGCAGCAGCUUCCUCCAUCAAGGUGAGAGGAGGGCAGGGGCGGCGGUGGUUGACGGGAAGACUGUUGUUUGGGCCUCUGCCUUACCACCAGGCACUUCAGCACAGAAAGCUGAGUUGGUAGCUCUGACUGAGGCCUUAAAACAGGCAAAAGGGAAGAGGGUAAACAUUUAUACAGACAGUCGAUACGCCUUCGCUACGGUGCAUGUGCAUGGUGAAAUAUAUAAAAGAAGGGGACUGCUUACUUCAGCAGGCAGAGAAAUUAAAAAUAAGCAGGAAAUCCUAGAUCUCCUACAGGCCCUCUUCUUGCCAAAGAAGGUGAGCAUCAUACAUUGCCCUGGCCACCAAAAAGGAGAGGAUCCAGUGGCACAGGGUAACCGGAUGGUGGAUGAGGUGGCCAGAACUAGCGCCUUGGGUAGCUGCGUGUUAAACAUCGAUGUGCAAGACCCUCCCAGCCAGGGGCCGGAAUGGAAUUAUACCGAACAAGAUGUGGCAGCCAUACAAAGGCUAGGGGGAAUUUACGACGAGACCACUAAAAGCUGGAAAAUACAGGGCAAAGUUGUGCUGCCCACAAAAGAAACUAGAAGAUUAGUGCAAGAUCUACAUAGAUGGACACAUUUAGGGUAUAAGAAAUUAAAGACCUUACUGGAUAGGGAGGAGAUUUCUCAUUUUUUAUUGGGACUACAUGCAGCAGUAAAACAAACCAUAGAGGCCUGCAUCCCAUGCGCCAAGGUAAAUCCUAGAUGUUCUAAAAUACCUGAAGGAGUCCGGAUACGGGGGGCUAGGCCUGGAAUUAAUUGGGAAAUAGAUUUCACAGAGGUCCGCCCAAGCAGAUAUGGAAUUAAGUACCUUCUAGUGUUCGUAGAUACCUUUUCCGGCUGGCCUGAAGCAUUUCCAGUGAAGAAGGAGACAGCACAAGUUGUGGUUAAGAAGCUAUUAGAAGAAAUCUUCCUGCGGUUUGGCUUACCUAAGGUAUUGGGGUCGGAUAAUGGACCCGCCUUCGUUUCCAGGGUAAGUCAGUUGGUGACCAAAGUGCUGGGGAUUGAUUGGAAAUUGCAUUGUGCGUACAGGCCCCAGAGUUCAGGUCAGGUAGAACGAAUGAACAGAACAAUUAAGGAGACCUUGACUAAAUUAACAAUGGAGACUGGCACUAGAGACUGGGUUGAACUGCUGCCGAUGGCUUUGUUUAGGGCUCGUAACACACCUUCUGUAUGUGGAUUAACACCCUAUGAAAUAUUGUACGGAGGCCCUCCACCCGCGGCAGAUUUGUUGGGACCCAGUAUUGACUCAUUUGCAACAUCCUCUACUUUGCAGACCCGCUUCCGAGCCUUGCAGCUCAUCCACAGGCAUAUAGGGAAGCAGCUGGCUGCCGUAUACCAGUCCAAGUGCCCUACGCUCCCGCAUUCGUUCCAGAUUGGGGACGUUGUCUACGUCCGCAGACACCAGACUAAGACGCUUGAACCACGUUGGAAGGGACCCUACACAGUAUUAUUGACUACGCCGACCGCGAUUAAGGUAGACGGAAUUGCCGCCUGGAUACACGUGUCACAUGUCAAGAGGGCGACAGCUGAACAGAGACAAGAGACCGACGACCCUGCCGACGAGCCGACACCAAAGUGGAAACUACAACAUACUCAAAACCCACUCAAGAUAAGAAUUUCAAAAACUGUUUAGUACUGCUUACAAUUCUUUUUACCCCUAUUAUGGGCGGCCCGCAUGC